GGCAGUUCCAGCGCAUCUACCCGGCUGCCACUGCUCAGAGGAUUGAGAGAGUUGAGCGGUCAGUCUGCUAGGGUGACAUUGAAAGUAAACUCCUGAAAUAGAACGGAAGCGAGCGCCGGGGAAAAGAUGGCAAAACCACUGACAGACCAGGAGAAGAGGAAGCAGAUAUCUGUGCGCGGACUGGCCGGAGUGGAAAACGUCGCAGACCUGAAAACUAAUUUCAACAGGCACCUCCAUUUCACGCUGGUGAAGGACAGGAAUGUCGCCACCAAGCGAGACUACUACUUCGCCCUGGCCAACACGGUGCGGGACCACCUGGUGGGCCGCUGGAUCCGGACCCAGCAGCACUACUACGAGAAAGACCCGAAACGCGUCUACUACCUCUCCCUGGAGUUUUACAUGGGCCGAACUCUGCAGAACACAAUGGUUAAUCUGGCUUUGGAGAACGCCUGUGAUGAAGCCACAUACCAGCUGGGUCUGGACAUGGAGGAGCUGCAGGACAUCGAGGAAGACGCCGGUCUAGGAAAUGGCGGACUGGGUCGUCUGGCUGCUUGCUUCCUGGACUCCAUGGCCUCUCUGGGUCUGGCCGCUUACGGAUACGGCAUCCGCUACGAGUUCGGCAUCUUCAAUCAGAAAAUAGUCAGCGGCUGGCAGGUGGAGGAAGCCGACGACUGGCUGCGUUACGGUAACCCCUGGGAGAAAGCUCGCCCCGAGUACAUGCGCCCCGUCCACUUCUACGGACGAGUGGAACACACGGACGAGGGAGUGCAGUGGGUGGACACACAGGUGGUGCUGGCUCUGCCCUAUGACACCCCAGUCCCCGGCUACAGAAACAACAUCGUCAACACCAUGAGACUGUGGUCGGCGAAGGCUCCCUGUGACUUCAACCUCAAAGACUUUAAUGUCGGCGGCUACAUCCAAGCUGUGCUGGACCGAAACCUGGCUGAGAACAUCUCCAGGGUUCUUUACCCCAACGACAACUUCUUUGAAGGGAAGGAGCUGCGUCUCAAACAGGAAUACUUUGUCGUCGCCGCGACUCUUCAAGACAUCAUCCGCCGAUUCAAAGCCUCCAAGUUUGGCUCCACGGAGUUUGUGCGCAUGGAUCUUUCUGCUCUGCCAGACAAGGUGGCCAUCCAGCUGAACGACACUCACCCCGCUUUAGCCAUCCCUGAGCUGAUGAGGAUCCUGGUGGACGUGGAGAAACUCACCUGGACGGAGGCCUGGGACAUCGUGGUUCGUACCUGUGCCUACACCAACCACACCGUCCUGCCUGAAGCUCUGGAGCGCUGGCCCGUCGACCUCUUCCACAACCUCCUGCCUCGACACCUGGAGAUCAUCUACGAGAUCAACAGGAGGCACAUGGAGCGCAUCGCUAGUAUUUACCCCGGCGACUUUGACCGCAUGCGUCGGAUGUCCCUGAUCGAGGAAGGCGACGUGAAGAAGAUCAACAUGGCUCACCUGUGCAUCGUAGGCUCGCACGCCGUCAACGGAGUGGCCCGUAUCCACUCUGAGAUCAUCAAAGAGACAGUGUUCAAGGAUUUCUACGAAGUCGACCCAGAGAAGUUCCAGAACAAGACCAACGGCAUCACACCCAGACGCUGGCUGGUCAUGUGCAACCCCGGCCUGGCUGAGGUCAUUGCUGAGAGGAUUGGUGAAGACUACAUCCGUGAUCUGGACCAGCUGAAGAAACUUCUGGACUUCGUGGACGACGACGCCUUCAUUCGGGAUGUCGCUAAAGUCAAACAAGAGAACAAGAUGAAGUUUUCCGUUCACCUGGAAGAACACUACAAGGUGAAGAUCAACCCCAACUCCAUGUUCGAUGUCCAGGUGAAGAGGAUUCACGAGUACAAGAGACAGCUGCUCAACUGCCUGCACAUCAUCACACUGUACAACCGCAUCAAGAAGGAGCCUAAAAAGUCAUGGACCCCCAGGACAGUCAUGAUCGGAGGAAAGGCGGCUCCAGGUUACCACACUGCCAAGAUGAUCAUCAAGCUGAUCACAUCAAUUGGAGACAUUGUCAACAAUGAUCCAGUGGUGGGAGAUCGCCUCAAGGUCAUCUUCCUGGAGAACUACCGGGUCACUCUCGCUGAGAAAAUCAUCCCCGCGUCCGACCUGUCGGAGCAGAUUUCCACAGCGGGCACCGAGGCCUCCGGCACCGGGAACAUGAAGUUCAUGCUGAACGGCGCCCUCACCAUCGGCACCAUGGACGGCGCCAAUGUGGAGAUGGCAGAGGAGGCCGGAGAGGAGAACCUCUUCAUCUUCGGCAUGAGGGUGAAAGAUGUUGAGGCUAUGGACAAGAAGGGCUACGAUGCCAAGUCGUACUACAACCGUAUUCCAGAGCUGAAGCAGGCGAUGGACCAGAUCUCAGGAGGUUUCUUCAGCCCCAGCCAGUCUGACCUCUUCAAAGACCUCGUCAAUAUGCUGAUGAAUCAUGACAGGUUCAAGGUGUUUGCAGAUUAUGAAGACUACAUUAAGUGCCAGGACAAAGUCAGUGCACUCUACAAGAACCCGAAAGAGUGGACCAAGAUGGUGAUCCACAACAUCGCCGGCUGUGGCAAAUUCUCCAGCGACCGCACCAUCUCCCAGUACGCCAGAGAGAUCUGGGACAUGGAGCCCAAUCUGGAGAAGAUCGCGGCUCCCGACGAUCCUCGCUAAACCACAACUUCAUCCUCCUCCUCCUCCUCUUCUCCGUAUAGCGCCCUCUGUGGUCCAACCAUGAGAGAGGAGUCCUGUAGCUUCUUCACGGUGUUAUGUGGCAUUAUGUCUUUUACAUUACUGAUUCUUCAUCUUAUAGCAGUCCAUAUUAUAACUUCUCUCUCUGUGUCACUGUUGUGUGAAAACCCCAUGUGAGCCUUUCAGCCGCUAAGGAACAGCCUGGAUUUCCACCUUGAAAUCAUCGGGGGUUCUUCAGCACGAGUGAAACCAUUAACGAUGCACUUCCCUGUUUUCCAACACUUGGAAUUCAAUACGUCUGGAGCAGAAUCAGACGUUUUUUUUACUCUUAUUCUGUGUCAGUGAUUGUACCUUUUUAAACCAGAUUACCAUGCUACGGUUUUCACACAACAGCGAUGCAUCUGUUACAUUCCCCUUCUCCUCUUUGACUCCUAAAGGUCCAGUAAAAAAAAAUAAGGUUAAAGCUGCUGUCAGGCAUUUUGUUUUUCUUCCAGAACUCUUUUGGUUUGCGGGGCAUUUAUUUGCCAUCAAACACUCCUUUUCGCCGAUUAACUUAAUGAAAAACACUUUUUGUCUUCACCGUUGUCACAUUAUUAUGAAAACAAGUCUAACCUUAACUUUUUAACUCCAGGCUUCUACUGCUACUAACUUAAAUGUUGUUCUAUAUAUAAAGAAAGAUCUAAUAUAUUAAAAGUCUAGUUUGUACAUUAGUAUUUAUUAAAAAAUAGAUAUAAACUAUGCAAACUGUCCCGCUGAAUACGCUCUCCCCCUCCCCGCUGGAGGAACGUGACUUUAUACGUCCUUUGAUGAGGUUCUGGGUUUUUGGCGAUGUGUGUGUUUUUUAAAGUGGCACAAGUCAGAAAAGCAACGCUUAUUUUUAGGGGUUCAGAGUGUAGAUUAAGAAAGAAAUGAUAAGAUUAUGGUGGUGAUUUGGGAAAACGUAGCGGCCUUUUCUCCAGAGCUGUCAGAGCCAUUGAACUGACUUUCCACUGACAGCAGCUUUAAUUUUAAAGCAAUCCAAACUGUUCUGUCUCCAAACCAAACUCCUUUGUCUUCCAUGGAAGUGAGAAGUGAACAACAACCUCAAAGCAGCAUUUUGUUGUUUAUUUUAAGAUAUAAACUGAUACCCUCGUUGACAUUACAUGAGUAUUUCAUAGUUAAAGACUCCGGCUGUUCCGUUUAGUGUUUUACGAUGUGCGCUGAAUGUAUCCAUGCGUGUGUUUUACCUGUCGGCAUGACCGUGUCUGUCUCACUCUGCUGUAUCCUCCUUCCUACAAGUUAGACGAUAACCAAACCUAGAAAUGCCUAGAAACUGUAAUAACAGACUUUAUUUUUAUUUAAAGAUAUAUAUACUGUCAGUGUGUGUGCGCGCGCGUGUGUGUGCGUUGAGUGGCGUAGCUGUGUGUUUACCAUAUUAUUGAGUCUAUGACACUGUGAUGAUCGGCUUUAUUGAUGUACUGUAUCGGCAUAAAUGUCCCGCUUCAGCUGCUCUGUGCGACUGUGGUGCUGUGAAAAAAAAAAAAAACGAGCGGUUGACCUCACUGACACUAACACUUUCACUGUCACGCUGUGUUUUUGUUUUUUUUAGGUCAAUAAAAUUAUAAAGUUA